AAAUAUUUUAACACAAGGAGCACUAGACUGGUCGGAGAUAUGUAGCGACCCCAGCCUCACGCGGUCACGCCUCACCAUCUUCACCGGCAGCGCACCACGCCGCCGCCGCCGCCGUCCCACGCAUUGUCUGUUGCUCAGCUUCUCCUAGCCCAGCUCCUGCUAGCUAGGCUAGGCCUAGGCUGCUACAUACUGCCAUCAUCCAUGGAGUCGCCUCCUGAUCAGGCGGCGGCGGCGGCGGCGCGCCAGGACAAGGAGCAGCGGGACUACAGACUCAUCGCAAAAGCCGUGGACGAAGCGUACCGGGCGGUGGAGUGCGACGGCGGCGGGUACCCCUUCGGCGCGGUCGUCGUCCACGGCGGCGGCGACGACGAGGUGGUCAGCAGCAGCCACAACUCGGUCCGGAAGGACGCCGACCCGUCGGCGCACGCCGAAGUGACCGCCAUCAGACAGGCGUGCAAGAAGCUGGGGAAAACCAGCCUCGCCGGCUGCGAGAUCUACACGUCCUGCGAGCCGUGCCCGAUGUGCCUGGGGCUCAUUCGCCUGGCCAAGAUAAAGAAGGUGGUGUACGGAGCCAAGUCGGAGGUCGCCGCUGCCGCCGGGCUCAACGGCGUCCUCCCAGAGGUCUUCAGAGAGUACUACCAGAAAUCCGGCGUGGAGAUGAGGCAGGCCGAGGGCGAGGCGGCAACCCGGAUCGCCGAGGAGGUGUUCGAGAAGACCAAGGGCAAGUUUCGCAACAAGUAAACGCGCUGGAGAUGGCGCCGGGCGGAUGGCUGUUGCCUGUUGCUAGUGGAAUGGUUGCCGUUUCCAAGCUUUUUGUCCGGGGGACCUUUGAUCAGAGGUCACAUGCCCAGAGACCGGAAUAAAUUCACCCCUUUCCCCCCCUAAAAAAUACUCCAUUUCACAUGGUUUGUUGUAUCAGUGUGUUAUUUCUUUUUUUAACGCCCGCCUCGACCGUGUGACAUUUUUUUUCUUAAUAAUGUAGGGUGUUACUUGUUGGGAACAUAAUUAGGUGUACUCUCAAGACUCUUAAA